AUGGCAUCUGAUGAAUCCAUCACUAUUACCCAUUCUCUCUCUCUUCUUUUCAUGUUAUCUCUCUCAUUCCUCUUCACGGCUGAAGGCAAUAACAACAACAACAACAACAGUACAGCCUCUCUGUUUUUCCCCUUGACCUCUGCCCCACUAACCUCCCACACCACCUCCUUCCUCGCCUCCCUCGCCGCCUCUCCCCUCCGCCGCACCUCCUCCGACUCUCCGCCGUUGGGCUACAGCUCCAAAACCCCUUUCCGCUACUCCAUGGCCCUCAUCGUCUCCCUCCUCAUCGGCACCCCUGCCCAGUCCCAGCGCGUGGUCAUCGACACCGGCAGCCAGCUCUCCUGGAUCCUCUGCCACCGCAAAAAAACCCGAAACCCUCCCUCCGCCGCCGCCACAGCCUUCGACCCCUCCCUCUCCUCCUCCUUCUCCGCCGUCCCCUGCUCUCACCCCCUCUGCAAACCCCGCAUCCCCGACUUCACCAUCCCCACCACCUGCGACGCCAAACGCCUCUGCCACUACUCCUACUUCUACGCCGACGGCACCUACGCCCAGGGCAACCUCAUCCGCGAAAAAAUCUCUCCCACCACCCCUCCCAUCAUCCUCGGCUGCGCCGCCGACGACGCCGCCGCCGACGCCGAGGGCAUCCUCGGAAUGAACCUUGGCCGCCUCUCCUUCCCCCUCCAGGCCAAACUCUCCCAAUUCUCCUACUGCGUGCCCCUCUCCCGCCGCCGCCCCACCGACCCCAGCCCCACCGGCGCCUUCUACCUCGGCCAAAACCCCAACUCCGCCGCCUUCCGCUAUAUCAACCUCCUCACCUUCCCCCAAAACCACCGCAUGCCCAAUCUCGACCCGCUCGCCUACACCGUGCCGCUGGCCGGAAUCAAGAUCGCCGGCAGGAUACUCAACAUCCCGGAGACAUCGUUCCGACCCGACGCCGGCGGGUCGGGUCAGACGAUGAUCGAUUCGGGUACGCAGUACACUUACCUGGUGGACGCCGCCUACGACAAGGUCCGUGAAGAGGUCGUGAGGCGGACGGGCGGCGGCAAGCUGAUGAAGAAGGAUUUCGUGUACGCGGAGGCGCUCGAUAUGUGCUUCGACGGUGCGAACGCGGCGGCGGCCGCCGCUCGGCUGAUUGGUGACGUGGCGUUCGUGUUCACGGGUGGGGUGGAGAUAACGGUCCCGAAGGAGAGGAUCAUGGACGACGUGGGGAGUGGGGUCCACUGCAUCGCCAUUGGUCGGUCGGAGCUUCUAGGGGUCCCCAGUAACAUCGUCGGGAACUUUUACCAGCAAAAUCUUUGGGUGGAGUUCGAUUUGGUCAACAGACGAGUGGGGUUUGGACCGGCCGAUUGCAGUCGAUCGGUGUGA